CUCAGCUGCUCCAACCAACCCCGGCGACGGAACCGUUACUCUUCCAUAAAAGCACCUGUACCUGCCUUCACAACUGAGCAAGAGCUUAGAAGGGCCAAAGAUCUCUGCGCUUGCCUCUCUUCCCUGCUGACCCACCCGCGAUGGAUCCUUGCAGUCUUCGCCAUCGGCUUCCUCUUCCUCCUCAAAACCUCCAUCGCUGUCGUCCACUGGCUCUUCGUCUCUUUCAUUCGCCCUGGCAAGAAUCUCUCGCGCUACGGCUCUUGGGCCGUCAUCACAGGAGCCACCGAUGGCAUCGGCCUCGCCCUCGCCUUCCAGCUCGCCCGCCGCGGUCUCAAUCUCGUGCUUGUCGGCCGAAGCUUCGAUAAGCUCCGCGCCGUCUCGGCUUCCAUCACGGAAAAGUACCCCAAGGUACGGAUUGAGACUGUGCUCAUAGAUUUCGCAGCGGAUCUUGUCGAGGGCGUUGCUAGGUUAAAGAGGGAGAUCGAGGGGAAGGAUGUCGGGAUCCUUGUUAACAAUGCGGGGAUCUCGUACCCGUACGCUAAGUAUUUCCACGAGGUGGAUGAGGAGCUCAUUGAGAAUUUGAUCAAGGUGAAUGUGGUGGGGGUGACGAAGGUCACGCAUGCCGUGUUGCCGGGGAUGCUCGAGAGGAAAAAGGGCGCAAUUUUGAAUAUUGGGUCGGGUGUCGCUGCGGUUCUUCCAUCAGAGCCACUCUAUGCCGUAUACACUGCAACGAAGUCGUGAGUAAACAAAGCAUUGAAUUUAAUUU